AACGGAUGGAAAGGUUCGGAGGAAUUAGCGGACGGACCGGAAGAGUGGUCGCCCAGCUGGGUACCAGCAAAGAUUACAGCGAUGGAGCCAGAUACUUUGACCGGAGAGCAGGCUGGCGGCGUCGCUGAGAAGCGUGCACGAUCUGAAGAACAGGAUGAAGGUGACGAAUACAUCCCAUAUGUUCCUGUUAAACAGAGAAAGCAACAGAUGAUGGAGAAGCUGGCACGGAUGAGGAGGAAAGGUGGCGCAGAAAAUGAUCAGGACAGCGACAGUGACUACGGGAAGGAGGAUGGCGAUGGCCCACUGGGACCACGGUCCAACGUCAGUCUGCUGGACCAACACCAGCAGUUGAAGGAAAAGGCAGAAGCACGCAAAGAAUCUGCGAAAGAAAAACGACUGAAAGAAGAGGAGAAAAUUCUGGAAAGCGUCGCUGAAGGCAGAGCUCUGAUGUCUGUAAAGGAAAUGGCCAAGGGUAUAACCUACGAUGACCCAAUCAAAACCAGCUGGAACCCACCUCGGUACAUACGUUCCAUGCCUGAGGCUCGCAAUGAGCGAGUGCGGAAGAAAUAUCACAUCUUGGUGGAGGGGGAAGGCUUGCCGUGCCCUGUCAAACACUUCAAAGAGAUGAAAUUUCCACCUGCAAUUCUGAAAGGCUUGAAGAAGAAGGGGAUUUUACAUCCAACUCCCAUUCAGAUCCAAGGAAUUCCAACUGUUUUGUCAGGCAGGGAUAUGAUUGGCAUUGCGUUUACUGGUUCUGGCAAGACCCUGGUUUUUAUUCUGCCCAUGAUCAUGUUCUGCCAGGAGCAGGAAAAAAGGCUGCCGUUCUCCAAGAGAGAAGGUCCAUAUGGACUCAUCAUUUGCCCAUCUAGAGAAUUAGCGAGACAGACGCAUGGGAUUAUCGACUAUUACUGCAGCUUGCUGCAAGAGGAAGGCUUUCCCCAGCUUCGCUGUGCACUCUGCAUUGGUGGCAUGUCCAUCAAGGAGCAGAUGGAGGUUGUCAAACAAGGUGUGCACAUGAUGGUUGCCACUCCUGGACGGCUGAUGGAUCUCCUGCAGAAAAAGAUGGUCGGCUUGGACAUCUGUCGCUACCUGGCACUGGAUGAAGCCGACAGGAUGAUAGAUAUGGGUUUCGAGGAGGAUAUCCGCACCAUUUUUUCCUAUUUCAAGGGCCAACGGCAGACUCUUCUCUUCAGUGCCACAAUGCCAAAGAAGAUACAGAACUUUGCCAAGAGUGCACUGGUGAAGCCCAUCACCAUCAACGUGGGUCGGGCUGGGGCUGCCAGCCUUGAUGUGAUCCAGGAAGUCGAGUAUGUGAAGGAAGAAGCUAAGAUGGUUUACCUACUGGAAUGUCUGCAGAAGACUCCACCUCCGGUGUUGAUAUUUGCAGAGAAGAAAGCUGAUGUGGAUGCCAUUCAUGAAUACCUUCUUCUGAAGGGUGUGGAAGCUGUCGCCAUACAUGGAGGGAAAGACCAAGAGGAGCGAACUAAGGCAAUUGAGGCAUUCCGGGAGGGUAACAAGGACGUGCUGGUGGCAACGGAUGUAGCGUCAAAAGGCUUGGACUUCCCAAAUAUUCAGCAUGUGAUUAACUACGAUAUGCCUGAAGAAAUAGAGAAUUACGUUCACAGGAUUGGACGUACUGGUCGAUCAGGGAAAACAGGAAUAGCAACAACUUUUAUCAACAAAGCUUGUGAUGAGUCAGUGUUAAUGGAUCUCAAGGCCCUGUUACUGGAAGCCAAACAAAAGGUUCCACCUGUUCUGCAGGUGCUUCAGACAGGAGAUGAAACCAUGCUGGAUAUCGGAGGUGAACGAGGCUGUACGUUUUGUGGUGGUUUGGGGCAUCGUAUCACAGACUGUCCAAAACUGGAGGCCAUGCAGACAAAGCAGGUCAGCAACAUUGGCCGCAAGGAUUACCUCGCUCACAGCUCAAUGGACUUCUAACCUCAUGCAAACAGUGGCUGCAACAUCAUAUCCAACAAUGCCAGGGCUUGCAAUUCCGUGACCAGUUGUGGUCUGUUGUCCAAACCCAAACUAGGAGCAGAUUUGCCUGCAGGUGGUUAAAAGCAGCAUUUUAUAUUUUAGCAGAGCAGUUUGGUCCAUCCCGAGUAACUUCUGUACAUUGAGGCACUGAUGACCAUUUGACCAAGCCUCGUUUAAUAUCGACCUGCAUAUUAUAAACUUCAAUUCAUUCAAAUAAUCCUCAGUAGCUUGGUGGAUGUUCUUGGUUUGGUGUCACCUAAUUAUAAAUGUAUAUAUUUGUGAAAAUAAAUGCUGUUUUGAAAUUA